CUCAGUUUGCUAGAUAACUCAAAUGAUAGUUGUGGUAAAUCGAGUGCACAACUGUACCAUUCUUUUCAUUUAUUAAGAAUCAUGUCUUACGAAUGCAGCUUGCAAGGGAUCGUUGUUGGAAAUGAGCAGAAAGAGAGAACAUUCCAGCGCUUAGUGGGUUUAUGCGGUAAUCAUUCCGUGGUAGAUCUAUUCGAACAUGAACUUGUCUUUAUACCCUCCCAUCAGACACCGAUUGGCCCGGCAAGAAACGACGAUGUUGUUUUAAGACUUCAGUCGAAGAUCACCAACGAAAAAGAAAUCAGCAUGAAAUACAGACAAUGGUUUUUAUGUAUGCAAGGAAAUUCCGAACCUCAGCGUACUAGAACUGUUACUGUCCGUCCUAUGUCUCGUGUACAAUUAUCAGGCGAUAUAUUUCGAUUCAUGAAAUCAUUGGGUUAUAGCUUCUCUUUCGAUGUGGUUCGGAAAGGAUAUACAUUUGCUUACGAUAAAGUACUGAAAAUUACCAUGACGCAACUAUAUAAGGUAAUAACAGCUAAAGGAUACCAAAAAACUCAUACUGUCAAGGGUAGCUUAGAUGGAUUUUUUCCCAUUUUUUCUUCUGCUGCAAUAGUGUAAGAAGUUGAAAGUGGAAUCAGCUCAGCCUGUAUUCUCAGACGAGGAAAUGUGGGUAAUUGAAGUAACAUCUACAGCAGUACCACAAGAACAAGUGAAUCAGAUGGCAGAACAUUUAAAUAAACUGAAAGCGUUGCUAGUGGGCGUUGUCAAUCUGGAAUAUGUAGAUACAAGAGCUUUACAAAAUAGAAUACCCUACAGUAACUGAUCAUAAUUGUAUACAGAUGGUUUGGAAACGUUUAUUUAAGCACAUAUUGAGACACUCUCGUCUAGAUACCAUCAAAAGUUUCAUUUUUAGCAAUAAACAUUAUUAUGACGAUAAAUAUACAAUCU